AUGGACAACAGUGAGGCUACCUCUUACGUCUCUCAGUUCAUCGGCCAGCCGCUGCGCAUCCACACCUCCGAUGGCCGCGUCUUCGGCGGACAGAUGAAAUGCACCGAUAAGGGCCGCAACAUCAUCCUUGCUCUCACCUAUGAGUACCGCGCACCAUCAGCAGAGGUCAUUCGCAAAGCUGUUGAAGAGUCUGGGAAUCCGUCAGCGGCGGUCAACUGGAAUAGCCGCUAUGUUGGCUUGGUCGUCAUACCAGGCGCGCACGUGAAGAAGAUCGAGUUUGAAGAAAGCCAGCUUCUCGGUCAGCGAAGUGGAGUAGUCGUAUGA